AUGAGCGAGAACAAAAUUGAGAUCCACAAGUUUGCCGAUUCCGAUGGACAAUAUAAGCGUAAACCAAGUACCUUUAGAGACUUCAUUUCGGCCAAGGAAGGCGCCAAGUUUCCUCCAGAGGCAGGAAGAUAUCACUUGUAUGUCUCAUUUGCUUGUCCUUGGGCCCACAGAACAUUGGCUGUCAGAUCUUUGAAGGGAUUGACAGCUUUGAUUGGUGUUUCCGUUGUUCAUUGGCAUAUGGAUGACAAGGGAUGGAGAUUCCCUUCGGCAGAUGACCCAUGUGAAGGGGCCACUGAGGAUAAAAUCUAUGGGUACAAGAGGCUGAGUGAGCUGUACUACAAAGCAAACAAGGACUACAAUGGAAGAUUUACCGUUCCUGUGCUCUGGGACACCAAGACUCAAACAAUUGUCAAUAACGAAUCGUCCGAGAUCAUCAGAAUCUUCAAUUCUGGAUUCAACUCGUUGCUGGACGAGAAGCACGCUCAGAUCGACAUCUUCCCGACUCACUUGCAACAAGAGAUUGAGGGACUGAACGAUUGGAUUUACCCAACCAUUAACAAUGGUGUCUACAAGACCGGAUUCUCCACCAAACAAGAGGUUUACGAAAAAGAGGUGACCACUCUGUUUGAGCACUUGGACAAAGUAGAGGAGAUCCUGAAGAAACGGCAUCAUGCCGGUGAGCAUUACCUCACAGGAAAUCAUCUCACCGAGGCCGAUGUGAGACUGUAUACUACAAUUAUCCGUUUCGAUCCGGUCUACGUCCAGCACUUCAAGUGUAACCUGAAGAUGAUCAGAUAUGAGUAUCCUCACCUGCACUUGUGGGUUAGAGAGCUGUACUGGACCAUCCCUUCGUUCAAGGACACAACAAACUUCGAUCACAUCAAGUUCCAUUACACAAAGUCGCAUCCUGGUAUCAACCCUCACCAAAUCACCCCACUUGGUCCAAUUCCAAACAUCCAUCAUUUGGACGAAGACUAA